AGCAGAGUUACGCGACGAUUAUCGAAUGCGACAAGACCCGGACAGUUUAUGUGCGAUUAAUAGGGGAUCUUUUGUCCAUGCUGUGAGGCAUUUCGCAUUCUAUCACAAUGCCGCAUUCAGAGCAUGAAGGACGUUUGGUCAAGCGACAGAAGCUCAAUGCGGUCGCGAAACCUCAAUCCUCUUCGUCGCAACAGUCCAGGAUCUUUGCUCCAUAUCGGACUAUCGGUCUCGUCUCUCCUACCAAUGUCCCGUUUACAUCCGUCCCUCUGGGGAACACCACCUUCCAGGUUACAACCUCUAUAGGCCGUUCUCUCCAUACUUAUGACCUCAAACGCGGCCUCAACCUCGUCUUUAUGACCCGACCUCAGACCCCAUACGCUAUCACUGCGACAUGUGCCUGGAAACAGAAAGUAUUUGCCGCUUGGGGCGACCCUCGCGAGGGUUCCAAACAGGGUAUUUGGAUAUUCCAGAGAGGGAAGAAAGUAGGCGAGUUGCAACUCCCACCCGAUCUUCAUCAGCCUAUCAGACAAAUUCUUGUUUUCGGCUCCUGGGUUGUUGCGUGCGGCUUGACGAGGAUAGAAGUGUGGAAGUCGGCAACUCUAGAACAUUAUACCACCUUGUUUACUAUGGCUUCUAGGAAGGGCGAUAACGAACUUACCGGUGGUAUAUGUACUAUGCCAACAUACCUGAACAAGAUCUUUGCUGGACGUCGGAACGGUUGGGUCGAAAUCUGGAAUGUUUCUACCGGAAAGUUGAUCUAUACUCUCCUACCACCAUCUUCGAACUGUGGUGCUGUCACCUGCAUGCAGCCGAGCCCCGCGCUUUCGUUAAUGGCGAUCGCAUAUGCUGAGGGCCCGUUGGUCAUCCAUAAUGUGCUUACAGACAAGAAGGUGCUGGAAGUUAACGCGGGUACGGAGGAUGCGCCUGUCACGAGUAUCUCGUUCCGUACAGAUGGUAUUGGCGCAGGUCAAGAUGGGCGCGAGAAUGGAGUCAUGGCAACAGCAACAGAAUUAAGCGGCGAUGUUACGUUCUGGGAUCUUAAUAAGGGUGGGAGAAUUAUGGGUGUUCUUAGAAGCGCCCACAACCCCCCGACACAAGAGGGAGCCUCGAUCCGUGGGGGUGUAAGCAAGAUUGAGUUCCUUGCUGGUCAGCCAGUCAUUGUCACGAGCGGCAGGGACAACUCCUUGAAGACCUGGAUAUUCGACGAGACCCCCUUUUCACCGAUACCACGAAUCCUACAUACGAGAAGCGGUCAUGCGGCACCGGUCACAUGCUUAAAAUUCUUGCCAUCUGAUUUCGAUGGUGCUGAAGCAGGCAACAAAUGGCUUCUUAGUGGUGGCAGAGACAGAAGUCUCUGGGGGUGGAGUCUUCGUCGCGAUGGUCAAAGCACUGAACUGAGUCAGGGCAAUAUCCGCAAAAAGGCUAAGAAAUAUGGAAUACUUGACAGCAGCACCUUGAGCCGUGGCCCAACUACCACACUCGAUGAUUUAAAGGCGCCGGAAAUUACUUGUAUAGCAUGUUCGUUGAACAGAGAUGGCGGGAUGGGCGCCAUGCCUGGGAAGCAGGUUUUGUGGCAAAAAUCUCAAAAUCAGAAAAAGCCCAUCAACGCUGAAGUUAGUGGCAUGACAGGUUGGGAGAGCGUGGUUACAGCGCAUAAGGAUGACUCGUUUGCUCGGACAUGGUUCUGGGGCCGUAAAAGAGCAGGCAGAUGGGCAUUCCAGACCGGCGACGGUGCAAAUGUGUCAACCGUGACCAUGAGUCCCUGCGGAACUUUCACAGUCGUCGGAUCUGUUGGUGGAUCCGUUGAUAUGUUCAACCUACAGUCGGGAUUGCAUCGCCAACGAUUCCCAUCGAAACUCACACCAGCGCAAGCGCGACAAGUCAAAAUGCAGCAAUUAAGGCAGGCAGACACUGUGGUACAGCUCCAGGCCCGCUCUGCUACCGGUUUCCUACCAGGGACGGGGAAGCACACGAAAGCUGUCACCGGAAUCGUUGUCGACUCUAUGAAUAAAUACGUGAUCAGCUGCUCUCUAGACGGAAAGGUAAAAUUCUGGGAAUUACUUACAGGAAAUUUACUAGAAGAAAUCAAUUGGGCACCGAUGACGGGGAUAACGGGUUGUUGUUAUCACCCAGCGAAUGAUUUAAUAGCUUUCUCCUGCGACGACAACUCUAUUCGAGUGGUGGACAUCGAAACAAAUCAGACUAUCCGUGAAUUUUGGGGUUGCCAAGGCAAAAUAAACGAUUUCAUAUUUUCUAACGACGGCCGUUGGAUAGUAGCAGCCUCCCAGGACGCCAUAAUACGAGUAUGGGACCUGCCAACUGGCCAUUUAAUCGAUGCUAUCCGAUUAGAAAAGCCGUGUACAGCUUUAGCAUUUUCGGCAACAGGCGAAUAUCUAGCUGCGGCAACUGAAGGGGAGUUAGGUGUCAGUAUCUGGAACAAUAAGACUCUGUUCACUCAUGUUCCGACUCGACAAAUAUCGGAGGAGUCGAUUAAACAGAUAUCGGGUCCAACAGCAUCGGGAGAAGGAGGCCAAGGUCCGCUUGAAGCCGCGUUCGAUGAGGCAACAUCUCAGGAAGCGGAAGAUGAUGUCGCUCCGCCUAACUUGGAUCAGCUUAGUGCUGACAUGAUGACUUUAAGUUUGGUGCCACGAAGUAGAUGGCAGACUCUACUACACCUUGACCUGAUCAAGCAGAGAAACAAACCCAAAGAAGCACCGAAAGCCCCAGAGAAGGCGCCAUUCUUCUUACCAUCAGCAGCUAAUACCGAAUCGUCAAAUUCGGAGGCAACAGGUUUGAAAACCGGCCAAGACCAGAGCCAAUCAAGAAUUACUCGCUUCGACCACAACAGGGCGGAACAAGCAUUCGCUAGCAAACUACAAACGGGGGCUUCUGCUGGCAAUUUUGAUGAUUUCAUCGAAUACCUCAAAUCUUUGUCACCGGCGACAGCUGAUUUAGAACUGCGUUCUCUCGUAAUCGGUGAUAAUGAUGAAUCGAAUGAAUUGCUCCAGUUCAUUCGUGCCAUGACUAGUCGCCUCGUGGCACGGCGCGACUACGAACUCACUCAGGCGUGGAUGGCCGUCUUCCUUCGCCUACAUUUCGAUCUUAUCUUGGAGAGUGAUACCCUAACAAACGCCCUGGCGGAAUGGAAGAAACACCAGGCGCAGGAAUGCGAUAGGCUGGAUAACCUAGUCAGCUAUUGCGGUGGAGUGGUGAACUUCCUUAGAAGUCCACGGACUUAAUCGGGAGUUAAGGGGAUAUAAUAUCAUACCUAUUUUUAACCCAAAUAUCGUUGAACCUAAA